AUGAAAAUAUUAAUUACUCUGAUAGUGACAUAAUCUAUAUCAACUAUCAUAGGUUUUACGGAAUUUAAGGAACCAUAAGAAGUGAUAGCAUUGGCUUUGGAACUUUUUGGAUUGGCAAUAUUGUUGCUUUUAAGCAGGAUGAAUUAUUCUGAGUUUAGUUAGAGAAUACUGCUUUUAUGCUUGGCAACGAUAAUAUUUGUAUUGAUGCCGAAUUCUCAGUUUAAAUUUUAUAGUGGAGUUCAUCAUAUAGUGCUUCGCACAUAACAACAAAAGCAAUUAAGUAGAGGUUAACUUUUAGAAUGGUUGGGUAAAAACUGAAUAAAUAAUGAUUUAGUCUUACUUCUGGUCAUACUAAUAUUUGGAACAUCUCCGGAGACAGAGCAAAUAUGUAGAAGUGUUUUUGCAGGAAUAGCAAUAUUGUUAAUGGAAUGUUUUAAGUACCAAGAUUAACUUCAAAAAGAGGCAAAUAAACAAUAAAUAAUGAUACAAUCUAAAAUAAACUAUACGAUGGCCAACAAUGAUGGGUCGAAUCCAAGGAGCAUAGGAGAGCGGAUAGUGGAUCCAAAAGUGACUUCUUUAUUUUUGGAUGAACAAUACAAUGUUUUAGACUUGUAGAGAUCGAGUGCUGUUUAAUAAUUGACAGAUGGGGAAGUGUAAAAUCUACUCUAGGAAUUACAAAUAAAUAAGAUUGACUAAAAAUCUAAGUAGUUAUUGCCUUGGAAGUGCAAUAAAAUUUAAUUAAAGUAUUUUUUAGACUCAGUUAAAAAUAAUGCCAUCCCAAUGGUUAUAUAAGUUAUUGACUACACUCACCCUAAGAUAGAGAAUCAUAUAAUUAAAAUCAUAUACUAGAAUGACUUCGAAAUUCAAUUUUAUGAUGUUGAAGAAAUAGAUAAAUAUAAAAAGAGAAGUUAUAUUUAUGCAAUUUUAAAAUAAUUAUUUAAUACGAUGUCACAUGAAUUUGGAACAUCUCUGAAUUAUUUACUGGCUUUAUCCUAAGUAGCAAUAGAUAAAUAUAACGAUGUAGAGUUAUUAUCUUACUUUUAACCUAUUAAAGCUACAGGAAUGAUAAUGUACCAUUUCGUGUUAGACAUGAUUGAUUUUAAUGCUCUAUUGGGAAAGAAGUUAGAACUAUAAUUUGAAAAAAUAGAUGUAAGUUAUUUCUGAUAAUAUUAAAGAUUGUUGAAAUUCUCGAUGAAAUUAAAGAUAUUUUUUCUCAUUCUUUAUAAUAAAAAGGAUUAACAAUAAGUUCUGAAAUAUUUCUUAAUGAAAAAACUAUCUUCACUGAUCGAAGAAGACUAAAAUAAAUCUUAAUAACCUUAGUUUCAAAUGCUCAAAAAUUUACUUUCAAAGGUGGUAUUCGCGUGGUAGUUAAAUAAAUUGACGAGUUUGUCCAAUUCGAAGUAAUUGACACAGGAGUUGGACUUACAACAUCUGAAUUGGAAACUUUAACAGAAAUACUUAAAACUGACUCUAAAAAUGAAAAAAAAAUAUCUAAAAAUACAGCUGGAUUUGGUUUGGGAAGUUAUCUAUGUAAUAAAAUUUCAAUGAGUCUUGCUAAUCUAAAAUACGAAGAAGGAGGGGGAAUUAGAUAUUCAAACAAUCAAGAUGAGAGUGGUACCAAGGUAACAUUCAAGAUCCUUAAUGAAUAAUUGAAUAUCAAUUAUAAUUUGGUUUCUGCUUAAGAUAACUCGAGUGGAAUAUUAAAAAUAGGGAAAAAUGUGAUAGUGGAUUUAAAAUAAUCAUAAAUUGAAUUAAGUUUUAGUGGUCUCAAGAAACCAUUGACUAAAAGAUUUAGUACUAUAAUGGUACCAAAAGUAAAAAGCUUUCACGAAGAUUAGCAUAGAGAGCAUUCAUAUUUCAAAUAACCUACAAAAGACUGUUUUUUAGGAAUGUAAAUGUAGUACACAAAAAUAGAUUCAGAUAGUGUGAACGAAGAAAUUAAUGAAGAAGAUUAUCAAAAAAGAUUAUAAAUUCAAAAUUUGAAAAUUAAUUUUAAUCCUAGUGACAUACUUCGUGAACUCAAAUAAAAAUCAGUUGGAGUAAGUGAAGCUUAUGUUCCUGAAUGCUAAUGUAAGUCCAUCCUAAUUGUUGAUGAUGAAAUGAUUAAUAUUUUGGGAUUGUCUUUGAUGUUGAAGUCUAUCAAUAUGAAUUUUGAAGCUGAUCAUGCCUUUAAUGGAUUGGAAGCAAUCAAAAAGUUAGAAUAAGGUAUUUUUUAAUUUUUAUUUUUCAAGCUCAUUGUUUGUAUAGUUUAAUUUUUAUGGAUAUCAAUAUGCCAAUUAUGGAUGGUUAUGUGACAACAAAAGCAGUUUUAAAUAAAUACAAAGCUGGUUCACCUAAAAUCAUUGCCUGUACUGCAUUUACUGAUAGUCAAACUAGAUAAGGAUGUUAUGAAGUGGGUAUGUCGCAUUUCAUAAACAAGCCUGUAGAUAAAACUGAACUGCAAAAAUUGCUGUCUUAUUUAAUAAAAUGA